GGAAGAUGGACCCAACAAUUGUACCUUUACCACUUACCUCCACUGGCUUUGAAGCUGUUCCUCUCUCACAUAAAAAAAGCAAACACUUAACGAGGAAGAAACACACUCAUAUCUCCUCACGUUCCCCAAUUUUUUGAUUUUUAUUAUCUUUUUGGGUUUUUGGGUUUGGUUAAACCAUUUAUGGGUCUUUAGAUCUCUCUUGAUAGUAAAGAUAAGUAAUUUUAGGGUCUGUUUGGUUCUGUUUCUGGAAAUUUCACUUUUUUCACUUUUUUGGGAUCACAUUUAGCUUUUUUUGGUUCCUUUAUUUUGUAACGCCAUUUAUGCGUUAAACUUGUGUGAAGUGUUUGUUUGGUCUGAGCUGGAGAUGGUGAGAAUCUCACUGCUUUUGUUGUGUUUACUGGUUUCAACUUGUCUCUUCACUUCUUCAUCAGCACAAGCUCCAGGUUUUGUGAGCUUGGAUUGUGGAGGUGCAGAGCCAUUCACUGAUGAACUUGGACUCAAAUGGUCACCUGAUAAUCAUCUCAUUUAUGGAGAAACCGCUAAUAUAUCGUCCGUUAACGAAACAAGAACUCAGUACACGACUUUAAGGCAUUUCCCUGCUGAUUCAAGAAAGUAUUGCUACACUCUCAAUGUCACGAGUAGGAAUAGAUAUCUCAUUAGAGCUACUUUCUUGUAUGGUAAUUUCGACAACAGCAACAAUGUGUAUCCCAAAUUCGAUAUCUCCCUCGGGGCGACUCAUUGGGCGACCAUUGUUAUCUCUGAAACCUAUAUAAUCGAAACUGCAGAACUGGUGUUUCUGGCUUCUUCUCCUACUGUUAGUGUUUGUUUGUCAAAUGCCACAACUGGACAGCCGUUUAUAUCUACUCUUGAGCUUAGGCAGUUGAGUGGUUCGAUGUAUGGUUCGAUGCUAUCUGAAGACCGGUUUUACCUGAGUGUUGCAGCACGGAUAAAUUUCGGGGCUGAAAGUGAAGCUUCUGUGAGGUACCCGGAUGAUCCGUAUGAUAGAAUAUGGGAAUCUGAUUUGCAAAAGAAGCCUAAUUAUCUUGUGGAUGUUGCUGCUGGGACUGUGCGAGUGUCGACUACAUUGCCAAUCGAAAGCAGGGUCGAUGACAGACCGCCUCAGAAGGUUAUGCAGACGGCUGUGGUUGGAACAAACGGGUCCUUAACUUACAGAAUGAACCUAGAUGGCUUCCCUGGUUUUGGUUGGGCAUUCACAUACUUUGCUGAAAUCGAGGAUUUGGCUGAGGAUGAGUCAAGGAAGUUUAGAUUAGUUCUACCUGAGCAGCCUGAGUAUAGCAAAUCGGUUGUUAACAUCAAGGAAAAUACACAGAGACCGUAUCGCGUUUAUGCACCUGGCUAUCCUAACAUAACACUUCCAUUUGUGCUAAACUUUCGAUUUGCCAAAACGGCUGAUUCUUCUAGGGGACCUAUUCUGAAUGCCAUGGAGAUCAGCAAAUAUUUGCGGAAAAGCGAUGGUUCAGUAGAUGCAACUGUUAUGGCUAAUGUGGCAUCGCUAUAUUCUUCCACUGAAUGGGCUCAAGAAGGCGGUGACCCUUGUUCACCCUCACCGUGGUCAUGGGUGCAAUGCAAUUCGGAUCCACAACCAAGGGUUGUUGCUAUCAAGCUGUCGAGUAUGAACUUGACGGGAAAUAUACCUUCUGACCUGGUGAAAUUGACUGGUUUGGUUGAGUUAUGGCUUGAUGGGAAUUCUUUUACGGGUCCAAUACCGGAUUUCUCUCGGUGUCCAAACCUGGAGAUAAUACACCUCGAGAACAACCGACUAACCGGAAAGAUCCCUUCCUCGUUGACGAAACUCCCAAACCUGAAAGAACUGUACCUGCAGAACAAUGUGUUAACAGGAACAAUACCAUCAGACCUGGCCAAAGAUGUGAUCUCAAACUUCUCUGGGAACCUUAACCUUGAAAAAAGUGGAGAUAAAGGCAAGAAGCUCGGUGUCAUCAUCGGUGCAUCAGUUGGUGCUUUUGUUCUGCUAAUUGCAACCAUCAUUUCUUGCAUCGUCAUGUGCAAAAGCAAGAAGAAUAACAAGUUGGGAAAAACUUCGGCAGAGUUAACGAAUCGUCCCUUACCGAUUCAGAGAGUUUCGUCUACCUUGAGUGAAGCUCAUGGAGACGCUGCACAUUGCUUCACACUUUAUGAGAUCGAGGAAGCCACAAAAAAAUUCGAAAAGAGAAUUGGGUCGGGAGGUUUUGGAAUCGUAUACUAUGGUAAAACAAGGGAGGGGAAAGAGAUUGCUGUAAAGGUUCUUGCAAAUAAUUCAUAUCAGGGAAAGAGAGAGUUUGCAAACGAGGUUACAUUACUCUCAAGGAUACAUCAUCGGAACCUUGUGCAGUUUCUUGGUUAUUGCCAAGAAGAGGGAAAAAACAUGCUUGUGUAUGAGUUCAUGCACAAUGGGACUUUGAAGGAGCAUCUUUAUGGCGUGGUACCACGUGACCGGAGAAUCAGUUGGAUUAAAAGGCUUGAGAUAGCUGAAGAUGCAGCCCGAGGUCCGUGAAUUGUACAACAAAACAGAAAGCCAUUUUUUCGAUAUUUGAUUUUGUUGGUUUUGAUUGUUUCUGUAGGGAUCGAGUAUCUUCACACAGGGUGUGUUCCAGCAAUCAUACAUAGAGAUCUCAAGACUAGUAACAUCCUACUUGACAAACACAUGAGGGCAAAGGUUUCAGAUUUCGGUUUGUCGAAAUUCGCAGUUGACGGGACCUCACAUGUCUCCAGCAUUGUCCGUGGCACAGUUGGAUAUCUUGACCCCGAGUACUAUAUAUCGCAGCAGUUAACAGAGAAGAGUGAUGUAUAUAGCUUCGGAGUCAUUCUUCUUGAGCUAAUGUCUGGCCAAGAAGCCAUAUCGAAUGAAAGCUUUGGUGUCAACUGCCGGAACAUAGUCCAAUGGGCUAAGAUGCAUAUAGACAACGGGGACAUCCGAGGGAUCAUCGAUCCAGCGCUAGCGGAAGAUGAUUACAGUCUCCAAUCAAUGUGGAAGAUUGCGGAGAAAGCGUUGCUGUGUGUGAAACCGCACGGGAACAUGAGACCUUCGAUGUCCGAGGUGCAAAAAGAUAUCCAAGACGCGAUUAGGAUCGAGAAGGAAGCGUUGGCUGCAAGAGGCGGUAUAUCAGACGAGUUUUCCAGGAGCUCGGCUCAUUCGUCUUCGCUCAACAUGGGAAUGCUUGACCUGGCUGGAUCACAGAGUUAUGUAUCCAUUGAUGAAUCAGUAUUGCAGCCAACAGCUCGGUAGUAGAUUCGGCUUUGUUUGUACAGAUGCAUUACUUGCUUGUGUUUUUGACCUUUCACAUUGUCUCUGGUCUUUAGUUAUUAGUUUUGAGCUUAACACUACUUUUUUUUCUUUCUUUUGGACUCGAGGUUACAAGAAGUGCUUCGAGUUUGUUUGUUUUUCUUUUAUUGUUUUCAGACUAACUCGGUGAUUUAUGUGGGAUUGUGAUAUAUUAUGUUUUCUUUUAACUGAUUUUCACAUUUUCAACUGAUUAUAUAGGAUGAUGUUUAUGCUCU